CAGAGCUCAUGGGUGUCCCUAGCUAUGACACACGCAGACACACACGGUGAAGAAACACAGUGAGUGAACCAACACGAACGUCUCCUUACCUACCAUGGGAAUCUAACCACCAGCUUGUACCGUACCCGUCACAAAGCCUCAUCAAGAUGGAUCGGUCUACUGCCAGGAUGAACAUUGCAGUGACCGUCUCAGUGUUUCUGCUGGUUCUGGUCACCUCAAGUGUUGGGAUGCAGAGAGCACCCCGUAUCAUCACCUUAUUAGAGACUGUGGAUGUACUGCUGGAUCACAAUGCCACCUUCAUCUGUGAGGUGGAGUCCCGCCCCACCGCUGAAAUCACUUGGACCAAGAACAACCACCAAAUAAUGUACUAUGACCCACGGUACAUUACCAGAGAGCAGGGACAGAUGUUAAUCAUCCCUCAUGUAAGAGAGUUAGACAAUGGAGAGUACUGCUGCAUUGCCAGUAACGGCAUCGGAGAGCCGGCCAAGAGCUGUGGAGCGUUGCAGCUAAAGAUGAAGCCACAAAUCAAACGCCAUCCUACCAAUUUAACCCUUCUGGUAGAAUCCAAAGCAGUGCUGCCCUGCGUUACCCUCGGCAACCCCAAGCCAGAUGUCACCUGGCUCAAGGAUGAUGAGCUUAUCAAAUUCAGUGACCGUGUUACGAUUCUUGACUAUGGUGCACUGAAGAUCCAUAACAUACAGAAGGAGGAUGCCGGCCAGUAUCGCUGUGUGGCCAGGAAUAGCUUUGGUUUGGCCUUUUCAAAGCCUGUCACCAUAGAGGUACAGGCUCCAGCGCGAAUCCUGCGGGUUCCCAAGGAGAAGAGGGUGGCGUAUGGCAGCCAGAUUUCACUGGAGUGCAACGCCACUGGAAAUCCAAUCCCCACCAUCACCUGGCUGGAAAAUGGGAAUACUAUCUCAGGUGCAUCGGUCGAGGAGACUUUGAUGGGAGAAGUGAUCCUGUCUGUUCUUAAAGUCACGGUGAACAAGCCGGCCCUGUACACAUGUCUGGCCUCCAACAGGCACAGUGCCGGAGCCAACACCGUCAAGGCGACCGCCAGAGUCACUGUCGCAGAGUGGAGACUCUACAAGGGUGUCGCCGGCUACUGCAGCGCGUACCGUGGAGAUGUGUGCCGCAACAUCCUGCGAGACGACCUGCUGGUUUUCUUUAACUCCUCCCUCUCGGACCCCGAGGACAUGCAGGAGUACCUGGUUCAGAGCUGGUGGACGGAGCUGGAGGGACUCAGCGCGCUGUGCAACCCUGCAGUACGCUCGCUGCUCUGCCAUUCGUCCUUCCCCGACUGCAAUCCAUCAGGUUUAGGACCGGCACCUAAACCUGUCUGCAGAGAGCACUGCCUUGCAGUGAAGGAGCUGUACUGCCAUAAGGAGUGGUUGGUACUCGAGGGAAGUAGUUCAGUUCAGCCUGGUCUCUUCAGCUCCGUCCCCGGGUCCCACAGUCCCUCUUCACUGCUGCCAAACUGUCAGCUCCUACCGAGUCUUAGCGCAGACCCUGACGCUUGUACACAUGUGCCUUUUGUAGACAUCAAAAGAGAUCAAAUUACAACGACGUGUUACAAUGACAGAGGCCGUUUCUACCAAGGCAGCAUGAAUGUGACGAGGUCUGGGAUCCCGUGUCAGCCGUGGAGCCAACAGGCUCCCCACCAGCACCGCCUCUCCGUGGACGUGAUUCCAGAGCUGAAGAACUCAAACAACCACUGUCGGAACCCCGGAGGCAUCAGCGACAGGCCCUGGUGUUACACCUCGAAUCCCAACAUACGCUGGGAGUACUGCGCCGUGCUGAUGUGCGGGGAGAUAAGCAUUUUCCCAGUGAUAAACCCAGAGUCACCGGGCCCCCGUCAGACCCCUCGCCUCCCUCCCACGGUCACGGUGUCAUCUCCGGCUUACUCCAUGUCCGUCAUCGUCAUCAUCCUGUCCGCGCUCGCGGCUUCGGUGUUCGUCACCAUCACCAUCCUCGCCUGCCGCAGACGCAGGAAGCAGUGGAGGAACCGGAAGAGAGCGAUGGAGACCCCGACGCUGAGUGCUCUUCCAUCCGAGCUCCUGCUGGAUCGACUCCACCCCAACCCCAUGUACCAGAGGGUUCCCCUGCUGCUGAACUCAAAGCUGCUGGCCCUGGAGUAUCCCAGAAAUAAUAUCCAGUAUGUCAGAGAUAUCGGAGAGGGAGCCUUCGGACGGGUUUUCCAAGCCAGAGCCCCGGGCCUGCUGCCAAUGGAGUCUUUCACCAUGGUGGCCGUGAAGAUGCUGAAGGAGGAGGCCUCAGCUGACAUGCAGAAUGACUUCCAGAGAGAAGCGGCACUAAUGGCUCAGUUCGACCAUCCAAACAUCGUACGGCUCCUAGGUGUGUGCGCGGUGGGUAAACCCAUGUGUCUGAUGUUCGAGUACAUGGCCCACGGUGACCUCAACGAGUUCCUGCGCCGCCGAUCUCCCACCCAGUCGGUGCGCACCCUCAGCCGGGCCAGCCUGUCGGGCCGCAGCUUCUCCUCGGAGGUGGAAGGCGGCGGUCUCUCCUGCACCGAGCAGCUGUCCAUUUCCAAGCAGAUCGCCGCAGGGAUGGCCUACCUGUCAGAGCGCAAGUUCGUCCAUCGUGACCUGGCGACGCGGAACUGCCUGGUCGGGGAGGAAAUGGUGGUGAAGAUCGCCGACUUCGGCCUCUCCAGGAACAUCUACUCAGCCGACUACUACAAAGCCAAUGAGAAUGAUGCCAUCCCCAUUCGCUGGAUGCCCCCAGAGUCCAUCUUCUACAACCGCUACACCACCGAAUCGGACGUGUGGGCGUACGGCGUGGUGCUGUGGGAGAUUUUCUCCCACGGGAUGCAGCCGUACUACGGUAUGGGUCACGAGGAAGUCAUUUACUACGUGAGGGAUGGUCACAUCCUCUCCUGUCCCGAGAACUGUCCUCUGGAGCUGUACAAUCUGAUGAGGCUCUGUUGGAGCACGCAGUCAUCAGACAGGCCCAGCUUCAGUAGUAUACAUCGGAUACUGGAGCGGAUGCAUCAAAACACACUGACGAUAACCGCUGACGCCGAGGCUGACUGCUAACCCCGGAACAUUUCACAGAAAAAUGUUUCACAAAAAAAAAACAAACAAAAAAAACAAUGACUUACGUAGUGAUUUGGUGCCUGACAACACACUUUGCUUGAACCCUCCCAAGGAGCACAAUAUAGGGAGAACUUAAACUGCAAAAAACAGACAUGAAUAAACACGUAAAUAGCUCAUUCUUAAAAGAAUACACCAUUAAAUGCAGCAAAAUAAUAUUGACAAUAAAUAUUGCUAUUCAUUUAUAUAAAAAAAAUAACAAACAGAUUUUUCACAUUUAAUCGCCUCUUUAUUUAUUUAUCUUUACUUUUCUUUACUCCUCUGUUAAAUCGGCGCUCAAAGCAGGUCCUGCAACGUAUGACAGUUUAGUGGCUUGGAUUAGAAUAUUAUUACAUUUUUUUUUUAUUUAUUUCAAAUGUUGAUAGUUGAGUCCUCCAUACAAUCAUCCACAGAAUUCCCAAAGAGUGUUUAAAUCAUUCAUCCUGCCCAUUUUUUCUUUCAGGAUGUUUUUCUAUCGGCCAUCAUAUCACAGUAAUUUGCAUAUUGUGUACUUCUUCAUUUCAGAGGUGUUUUUUAAGGAGUGACGUAGUGUUUUCAGACUCUUAACUCGCCACUCCUGGACAUUAACCAGCACACAUCCAUUAAACAGAUAUUAAUUAUUUAUUCAAGGAAAAAAUGCAUGUAUAAACUCUUUGCAAAGACUGACCCCUGACCCCAGAGUCCUUUAAAGACUUGAAGCCACUAAACAUGCAGAUACAUCCUCAACGGUUUUAGAUACACUUGUAUUCAAACAUUAUGCUACGUCCAUUGCAUGUGCAAUAGUUGAUUUUGUUUAUCUUUUGUUUUUCGAGCUGUUGAGCUGUUGCAGACGAUCUGACCACGGAACAUGAGGCUUAGAAAGAGAGUGGGACGCGACAGUUGACGCUUCAUCGUCACCUCUAAUUCCACAGUGGCACACAAUCACUUUAAACCAUUGCUGUUGAUUGUUUUUAUAGACAAGUUGCUAUUCCAUUUUUGGGCAUUCUCCUUUAACUUCCGUGUUUCUUUUGCAUCAUGUUUAUCUUUGUCUUUUUGUGUGAAAUUUACUGUUUGACCGUGUUUGACACAGUGUUCGACGAUAUAAGUAAGUUAUAGUUGCAUUGAGUCAACUAUAUUUGUAUUAUGUUUACUGAGGAAUUCAGCAGAAACUCAUUAACUAAAUUAAUUUUGGUGCCUUGAAACAACAAAUGGGCAUUUUGUGCGCUUUGGCACCCCCCAUUAGUUUCUGAGUGCCACACCACUGCUGUAAAUACAGAUCCCAGGUCUGGAACAAUGUGUACUCAAUAUGUCAUAACAAUUUUGAGGGUUGAAGUCUUACGCCAUGAUCCUACCCUAGAAAUAAGUGAUAGGGGGAUGAAGAGGCACCAUUCACCCUGUUACAAGAUACUGAACUGUCAACAUGAUUUUGAAGCUGUUAUUUUAUGGUGAAUAGUUACAUAUUGUUGCUUUAACAUAGAUACUUCAAUGAGUGAAGGAUGGCCGAAAUGUCUUUAAUUAUCAAAAAUUUCUUCUGAAAGAGUAAAUCUCACAUAGUCUCUCUUACAGAUCAUUCUUUGCUCUCUGGUCUCAGUUCAGCCGAGCUAAAAUGAAUUGGGUUCAUGUUGUUACACGAUGUACGUAGAUGUACGUUUUUCUUGAGUCAGUCCGUCUUGUCAUGUGGAUUAUUCAAAGUUUCUGUUCUCUUUACUGUGUUUUCUUCAAUAAAGCAGGUAAGAGGAGUAUUCUAAGCUGAUGAGAACACAGUGAUUCUUAGUUUAAGGUGACUGUACGCUAAUAAUGUGUUUUUAGUCCUGGUCCUGGACAUUUUCUCUGCCCGACACACCUGAUUCAUCAAAGCAGACUUGCCUCAGUGGAUCAACACAUCUUUGUUUCUUUUUUAAAUGUGUGAUGUUACUCGUUUGUUAUUUGUUACAUAAGAUAAUGACGCAGGUUUCCCUUCACCCCCCCCCCCCCCACUUAAGUAAAAAUGUUAAUUUGUAUGGCUUGCAAAUAAAAAAAGAAUAAUUAAAGACAUUUGU